AGUGACUGGUUCAAGGAUUUAUCUGAGUGCGCAGGCGUGAAAUAAAUAACCUUUACAUUUUAGAGAAAAUGAGGCAGGUAGUGGUAAGAUUAUGCACUCUGAACGCCCAAAAUGGUGACACAUCCUGCAUUAUCGGAUUAUUAACAGGGUUUUGGGAAACUGUUAAGUGGCAUCAGAGAUGCUUGUAUCCAUCUCUGGUGAUAUCCACCAUUACCACGACGUCGUAAAACUCGCGGAAUACGGCAGCAAACAUGGAACACGUUGGUUUGAUCGGCUAGAGCUGCUGGUUGAUACUAAGGAAACAGGACAAAUAUGAACCAGCGGGGAGGUGUUAUAAAGAGUUGUAAAUGAGGUUAGUUUGUAAGUCGCGUCUUUUUCGCGAUGUUCUUGUCGGUUUCUAAAAAUAACUUGGCGGUGUGUGCGAGAAGUGUGUGUUGGGCAUUUCCUGCGUCAUGGCGGCAGCAGCAGCAGACCGGUGUGUGUGUGAGGGUAGAACUGAAGUUGCUGCAGAGACUUAAAAACAGAGUCUCCUCUGUCGCCCAGUGGUCCAGCUACACACAAUAUCACACACACACCCCACAGGACACGCACAUCCCCAGCCCAACGACCCCAGAGGUUAGCGGCCAUGCGCUAAAGGGUUCCACCGAAAUCGUCAUCCGAUUUUAUCGCAGCAGAGGUCACGAGAGGACGCAGGGUAACAACGACCGCUUUAGGUUUUACCCUACGGAUCACUCGUCUAACUCUCAUGUUCUCCUGGGGUUGAGGUUGUUCCCAGUGAGUUCUGGUGUGUUUCCAGGCUGGAGAGGUCUCUGUAGUGGAAAACCCCGUGAGACCCCAGCCGACUGCCCACCUGGAGUGGACCUGAGGGAAACCACCCAGCCAGCUGAUAGACCAUCUGAUCUUGGUCAAGGACUGUUCAAGUUUAAAGAACUGUAUGAGAACCCGUGGACUAUCCCCAACCUGCUGUGUGUGUGUCGCAUCGCACUGGCUCCAGUCCUGGGAAUCCUGAUAACUGAGCAACAUUUUCACCUCUCCCUUGGGUUGUUUGCUUUGGCUGGAUUUACUGACGUGCUGGAUGGUUAUAUAGCCCGUAACUGGCCCAGUCAGAAGUCUGCGCUGGGCAGCGCGCUCGACCCAUUGGCUGAUAAAAUCCUCAUCAGCGUUCUCUACAUCAGUCUCACCUAUGCACAGCUCAUCCCAGCUCCCCUGACAGCGUUGGUGAUAGCCAGAGACGUUGGUCUGAUAGCAGCUGUUUUCUACGUCAGAUACAAGACUGUCCCACCUCCUGUGACUCUCAGUAAGUUUUUUAACCCCUGCUACACAACAGCGCAGCUCAAACCCACCACCCUCAGCAAGGUGAACACAGCGAUCCAGCUCUUUCUAGUAGCAGCAUCGUUGGCCUCACCUGUCUUUCACUACACAGACAGUCCGCUCCUGCAAGCCCUAUGGUAUAUCACAGCGGUAACGACGACUGUGUCAGGCUACAGCUACUAUCACUAUGGCAUGAAGACUGUCGCUGUGCUCAACAGCACCAAGUAACCAUGGCAACUCAGCAAGCACCAAGUAACGGUUGCAACUUAAUACACUCCACAACCAUUGUUGCGCCUGAGUACUCAAGUUGAACAGACACACGCACUUGUGUUUGGAAAGACUCCAAAAUGAACUCUGAGUGUGUAUUUUUAAUCUCAGUAUUGCCAUGGGAACCGUUUUGUAUCUGAUGAAUGUGAUUAAACCAUGACCCUGCUCUCCCG